ACAGAGGAACAAACCCCCUCCGACCGAUCGCACACAACUCCGGACGGACUCAAAAACCCCGCCCCCCCGCGAUUCUUCCCGCCCCUCGGCGUCCAGACAGACAGACAGACGGCCUGCCCCGCCCCCUGCGCUACAGACUGACUCAGUGACCUCAGGGAAUUGUCGGGCCCGUGUGUCCUCGCUUGCGACGCGGACCUCGGCAGUCCACCUGCACCUCCCCCGUCGCCCCCGCGCGUCUCACUCCAUCCCCACCCUGGGCCCCAGGGCAGGUCGACUGCCUUGGACACUUCUCAACCGCAUUCCUGGGCCCAGGAGACUAACUCCCAGCGCCGCGUUUCCCUGUGACCCCGCAGCCGCUCAGCAGACUGGCCGUUCUUCCCUGAAUCAUCAGGCGUCUGGGAGGCACCCUAAGUCUAGGGAAGGUCCCUCGGCCAGGAUGUCAGGCCUGGUACUGGGGCAGCGGGAUGAGCCUGCAGGGCACCGGCUCAGCCAGGAGGAGAUCCUGGGAAGCACCCGGCUGGUGAGCCAAGGGCUGGAGGCCCUACACAGUGAACACCAGGCUGUGCUGCAAAGUCUGUCCCAAACCAUCGAGUGUCUGCAGCAGGGAGGCCAUGAAGAAGGGCUGGUGCACGAGAAGGCCCGGCAGCUGCGCCGUUCCAUGGAAAACAUCGAGCUGGGGCUGAGUGAGGCCCAGGUGAUGCUGGCUUUGGCUAGCCACCUGAGCACAGUGGAGUCGGAGAAACAGAAGCUGCGGGCUCAGGUACGGCGGCUGUGCCAGGAGAACCAGUGGCUCCGGGAUGAGCUGGCAGGCACCCAGCAACGGUUACAGCGCAGUGAACAAGCCGUGGCUCAGCUGGAGGAGGAAAAGAAGCACUUGGAGUUCCUGGGGCAGCUGCGGCAGUAUGAUGAGGAUGGGCACACGGCGGAGGAGAAGGAGGGUGAUGCCACCAAGGAUUCCCUGGAUGACCUCUUCCCCAACGAGGAGGAAGAAGACCCCAGCAACGGCUUGUCCCGUGGCCAGGGUGCCCAGCACAGCGGAUAUGAGAUCCCAGCCAGGUUGCGGACACUGCACAACUUGGUAAUCCAGUAUGCAGCCCAGGGUCGCUAUGAGGUGGCUGUGCCGCUCUGCAAGCAGGCACUGGAGGACCUGGAGCGCACAUCCGGCCGCGGCCACCCUGAUGUUGCAACCAUGCUCAACAUCCUUGCUUUGGUGUAUCGAGACCAGAAUAAGUAUAAAGAAGCUGCCCACCUGCUGAAUGAUGCCCUCAGCAUCCGGGAGAGCACCCUGGGCCGGGACCACCCUGCUGUGGCUGCCACACUCAACAAUCUGGCUGUGCUCUAUGGCAAAAGGGGCAAAUACAAGGAGGCGGAGCCGCUGUGCCAGCGGGCACUGGAGAUUCGAGAAAAGGUCCUGGGCACUGACCACCCAGAUGUGGCAAAGCAGCUGAACAACCUGGCCCUGUUGUGCCAAAACCAGGGCAAGUAUGAGGCCGUGGAACGCUACUACCAGCGGGCCCUGGCCAUCUAUGAGGGGCAGCUGGGGCCAGACAACCCUAAUGUAGCCCGGACCAAGAACAACCUGGCUUCCUGUUACCUGAAACAGGGCAAAUAUGCUGAGGCUGAGACGCUCUACAAAGAGAUUCUGACCCGUGCUCAUGUGCAGGAGUUUGGGUCUGUGGAUGACGACCACAAGCCCAUCUGGAUGCAUGCAGAGGAGCGGGAGGAAAUGAGCAAAAGCCGGCAUCGUGAUGGGGGCACACCCUACGCUGAGUACGGAGGCUGGUACAAGGCCUGCAAAGUGAGCAGCCCCACAGUGAACACCACUCUGAGAAACCUAGGAGCUCUGUACAGGCGCCAGGGAAAGCUGGAGGCAGCUGAGACCCUGGAGGAAUGUGCCCUGCGUUCCCGGAAACAGGGCACUGACCCUAUCAGCCAGACCAAGGUGGCUGAGCUGCUUGGGGAGGGUGACAGUGGAAGGACCUCCCAGGAGGGCAGCGUGAAAUUCGAGGGAGGUGAAGAUGCCUCUGUGGCUGUGGAGUGGUCAGGGCAGCAACAUGAAGCGGGCAGCCUCCUUAAACUAUCUGAACCAAGCCAGUGUGGCCCCCCUCCAGGUCUCCCGGGGCCUCAGUGCCAGCACUACGGACCUCUCUUCAAGCAGCUGACAUUCAACCUGCCCCCCAGGUCUGCUGGGUCCCCCCACAGCCCUCACAGCAUUCCCUAUUGCUCCUGGCUCUUCCAACCCCAAGGUGGGACAGUGAAGGGGGAGCAGUUAACUAGAAGAUUGCUGCUGCCCUUAGGGUCUCGGCUCCCUCCUCAGGAAUCCCACCUCGGAAGGACCCUCAGGACACCCUUUUCCCCACCCUGUGGUCCUCUAGAGUAGCUAGCUCUAAGGCUCCCAAGGUGGGUAAGGAGCAGGUACGCACCUCAGAGAUGUAGCCUGCUGCUGGCUUUUCUGUCAGAGGGUUUGGGGCUGGCCAGCCAAGCUGCCUUGCUCUGGCCCCUCUUGUUCCCUCUGCUGCCUCACUUCAGGUCCACGUAUUUCACUUUUCUUAAAUAAAACAAUCAGGUAGCCAUU